GACCUGAUGAAGGGUGAAAGCCCCGAAUCGACCUCUGCACACGGCCUGCACUUCCUCGAUGCAAUACGACGAACAUCUGACAAGCAUGGGCGUGUCGUUGCCGGCUAUUUCGAACACCUACUACCAAGGGAGGGCAACGAGGACUACUACAGCAAGAUCUCCAUGCCCAUCUCCUUCCGGGUCAUCGAGCGCAAACUACACCGAGAAGAGUUUGAGAACUUGUCGGAGCUGGAGUGUUGGCUGAAGCGCAUGGUCACGAAUGCGAAAGAAUACUAUCCCAAGAACUCCACUACUUUCGAUGACGCAGAGCGGAUCAGAAAGGCGACGAGUAACUGGAUGGUUAAGUUCAACCCGGCCUACAAGAAAAUCCCCAACUACGCCGCAACGCCGAUACCCAUACCCUCCGACUACGACGUCGACGCUGAACUCGCCGCGGAAGAUAUGCCGACUGACGUGGCUGCUGCCGGGAUGCCGGAGCGCCCACCACGGCGCCAACGCCCGACAGUGGAAGCAAUUGGAGAUGAUGCUGAGGGCGAAACCGACGAGAACGACGAGGAUGAUGAUGCUGCUGCUGACGAGACUGAAGACGCCGAAGCAGAUACAGGCCGGGCCGCUGGUCCUCGGAUCGUGCUGAAGCGACGGGGAGCGCGCUCUCAAGAGGCCGAGAACACGCCUUCGACUGGCGAGGAGAAAGCAGAUAACCAGUACUCUCAGGUACCGUAUCAGGGCUUGAGUUUCCAGGAGGCGCAAGAAAAGAUAAUCGAUACCUUGAUGGGACGUCAAGACGAGGAUGACGAGUGGCCAUACUUUGAGCCUUUCAUCAACCUACCUGACAAGUCUUUGAAAGACUACUACCAACUCAUUGAAGACCCGAUGUCUCUAAAAAAGCUGUGGCGCGCUGUCAAAGGCAUGCAGGGCCGAGGGGGUGCCACAGGAAUAAGUCAUUUCAAGAGCUGGGCCGCCAUGGAAGAAAGGGCUAGUUUGCUCUGGAACAAUGCCUUCUACUACAAUGAAGAGGGCAGCGAGAUUUCGGAAUUGGCGAAGGAGCUCAAGGAUGCGUUCUACGAGCAAUUAAACGAAGCGAAGGCAUGUGUAGAGGAACCUCCUCAGCCGAAGAUCAAACUACGCGCACCUUCCACCCAGACUCCGACCACCGGUCCCGGAAGGCCAAAGCGCAUUACAAUACAUGUUGGCGGCGGCAGAGAGGACUCUCAGGGCUCACCAGCAUCACAAGCGGGCCCAUCUGGUGACACCGCGGUGGCGCAGCCAGCUGUGAAUGGUGGCAUCGCAAUACCACCUCCCACCGCCACCUCCUUGCCCACUCCUGGUCCAGCUGCUGGUGCACCUCCAACACCGACCGCGGCUGUAAAGCGUGAGGACUCAGCUCGCCAAUCUCCUGCCAUUCCUCCUCAGGUCAGCAACGGCUACAGCUCAAGCGCCUUCCGACCUGUCAUGACACCAGUCAACGGUCAAAGCCAGCCCCAACAUGCGGGCAUGCCAAAUGGCCAUGCACCACCCGUAGUGCAACACCCUCCCAGGCCACUGUACGAAAUGAAAUACCGCGGCCCGGGCACAAACGUUAGAGAUGCCAUCCUGACCAACUUCUGCAUCCGUACGCCGCUGGAUGAAGAUGACGAGAGGCGCUUCUCCUUUAAUAUUCCUCCCCACCCCAAGCUUCUCCAGCAGUCUCUCACAGUCACCCUGGGCCCAACGCAGUGGAAGCUACAGCUCUUGCCCCGUAUCUCGCCAGCACUCGAGGAGCAGCAGCGGGCCUAUAAGAUGUACAUUCUGGUCAACGGCCAGGUACUCGCGCGUGGAGUCCCCAAUCCCCGGGACCCGCCUCAGCAUGGAGAAGCGGUGUACAAUGCAAACCUGCAUGCGGGAGUCAACACUGUUACGGUGUAUAUGAUCGCAGCUCUGCCCAAGGGUCAGACUCUGCCGAACGGCUCGGAUGCUGUGAUGGAGAAAAUCACGAUCUUGGCGAACGUGACAACGCAGUAGAACUGCGACAUUCGGUCUAAGGGGGAAUGCACCCGUUAUCGUAACUUCGUGACGCAUUAUUUCGAGCUUCGUGGAGAGUGAGGUGAGCUCAAGACGACUUUUUUGUUGGAAAAACCCUCCAGAGGUCAUUCUGGCUAGUCACUUCAUGCCAUUUGAUAAUGUAUCGGAACGGUUGGUGGGGUUGGCCGUGAUAACGAUGAACCCACGGAGGGGUGGGUACUUUGUUCACGGUGCUUAAUGGCUGGAGUUCCAGGUACAGGAUUCUCGGAUGUGGACUUGACGGUAUUGGACAUUACACUGCAAAGAAGAAAAAAUCUUACUUUCUUGGUAAGCGCAGGAG